AUGUUUAUUCAUUUUCAUGGACGUUGUUUUGUAAAUUGUCUUAUUCAACGAUCACUGUCAAUAGUUACUAGCAACUCUAUAGUACCUUCAUCAUUCAUACUCAUUUGUAUCGUAGGCAGUGAUCCAUCUAAUUAUUUACUUACACUUCGUCACACAAUGCCAGCAACAAUUGAUAUUAUUGAAAAAUCACCAUUUUUUUAUCUUGUUCGAGAUGAUGAUGUUGUAUCUGAUCAUUUUGAAGACUACAAGAAUUUUAUUUUAAUAUUUGCUUAUAGUUCAUCUGUUAAACCUAAAACACAUGUUACUGAUGUUGUAGUACUUGAUGCACUUCGUCAAAGUCGAAUACGACAUGUGAUACUUGUUAGUCAACGUGAACGAAUGCAAGUAUCAUUUACUUAUAAAAGAACUUUGUGA